AUGCCACCUCCUCCCGGUCGAUUUGGGCCUCAAGGCCUCGGUGCUCCCUACACUCUGCAGCAGGCUCACCUGCAAUCUCAACAUUCCUCUCACUCUCAAUCCACUAAUACUGCUCUUCCUCCCCCUUCACUCGGUGGUCAUCCUGGUUUCGCCGGAAAUCCGAAUACGAAUAUGAAUCCUUUCACCUUGUCCGGUGCUGGUGUCGCCAACGGCAUGUCGGUCGCUGAAGGUGGUGGUACUGGACUUGCUAGCCAUGCUGCACAGAUGGGUUUCGCUCGCGGAGCGCAGAUGCAGCAACAGCAACUUACCCAGGGCCAUGACGGUCGCUUGACACUCGACGCAAAGGCAGGCGCAGUCAAGACUCGCAUUCGUGACGUAUGGAAGCACAACUUGGCCCAUGAAAUGGCUGUACUAAGGCAGCUUGUGGAUAAGUAUCCAUACAUCAGCAUGGAUACUGAAUUUCCCGGAAUCGUGGCGCGACCCAUCGGCUCAUUUACCAACAAAGCGGACUACCACUACCAAACCCUCCGGUGCAAUGUGGACCUUUUGAAGAUGAUUCAAUUAGGAAUCACACUGUUCAAUGAAGAUGGAGAGGUUCCUCCCGCGGUUCCUGCGGAUUCAAAUGGGCAACCAUACGCCAAUGCGAUGCUGCCCGCCCCAUGCACCUGGCAGUUCAAUUUCCGGUUCUCCCUGGAAGGUGACAUGUAUGCACAGGAGUCAACAACAAUGCUCGCAAAGUCUGGUAUUGAUUUCAACAUGCACGAGAAGAACGGAAUUGAUCCAUUUGAGUUUGGCUCAUUACUGAUCAGUUCCGGUCUGGUGCUGCUGGAUGAUGUGCAUUGGGUCUCUUUUCACUCUGGGUACGACUUUGGCUACUUGAUGAAGAUCAUGCUUUGUUCAGCGUUACCGGAGAAUGAGGAAGAGUUUCACCAACUGCUCAACAUCUUUUUCCCGUCUCUCUACGAUAUCAAAUACCUCAUGAAACAUGCCGGUCGCAACCAAGCGGUCAACGACUCCCCUCUCACCCAAGCCGCCGCUCAGAUUCUCGCCAAUCUCGGUCAAAAAUCAGGUCUUCAGGAUAUUGCCGAUGAGCUUGGGGUGAAACGGAUUGGCAUUGCUCAUCAGGCAGGGUCUGACUCGUUGGUCACUGGUGAGAUCUACUGGAAAAUGCGCCAGUUGGUCUUCAAUGGGAAGAUCGAUGAGAGCAAGUACUCUGGCCAGAUUUGGGGAUUGAAUGGUCAGAUGCCGGCGAUGAACUAUCACCUCGCCCAACAGACACCGAACUUGAACGGUGCCACGAUUUAUUCAGCGGCCGGUACACCGAGUACCCCGAACAACUCCCACACCCCUCAGCAUCACUCGGGCUACCACACGCCAGGUCGGUAG